AUGAGCUAGUGGAGUUUUUAUUUUAGGAGAAGGAGGAUUUGUGGUGUAAAUAAAGAUACCUGGCAACCCGGGAGUCAGGUUAGCUUCACUCUCAUGUAGCUUCAGUGAAACUGUUCUCUGGUUACAGCGUGUCUUCAGUGGGACAAAGUAGAAACAUGCCGGCCUUGUCUUUGCCCCUCUCUCGCCUGGGCAGGACCCGAGGCAGUUUUAAAAAGCUAUUUAAAGACUGCAAGACUUUCUAUCCGGCAUGUGGAGCUCCGGCUUCCAGCUCCAGCGGGGUGACGCGUCCUCCAGUACCGCCGGGCCACACGCUGUCAGCGGCCGGCAUGUGCACCAGCGCCCCGGGCGGACACACAACCGACAGGCUGUGGUCAGUUUACAAUGAAACCAAACAACAAACUAAAGCUUUAAUUUCAUCCACCUCAAACAACUCUGUGAAUCCUAACACCAUUUUUGCCAAUAACGAGAUGAGCUUGCAGGACAUCGAGAUCUACGGCUUCGAUUACGACUACACGCUGGCCUUUUACUCCAGCCAUCUCCACACACUGAUCUUCGAUGUAGCUCGAGAUAUUCUCAUCCAACAGCACAGGUACCCAGAAGGAUUGAAGAAGUAUAAUUACAUCCCUAAUUUCGUGAUUCGGGGGCUGCAUUAUGACGUUCAGAAGGCUUUGCUGAUGAAGAUAGAUGCUUUUCAUUACAUCCAACUGGGAACAGUUUACAGAGGUCUUCAUCCUGUCCCAGACAGGGAAGUCAUUGCUAUGUACGAGGGCUGUCAUGUGCCUCUGGAAAUCAUGAGUGACUUUUAUGGCAAGAGUUCCCAUGGACACACUAUGAAACAGUUCAUGGAUAUCUUCUCACUGCCGGAGAUGACCCUGCUGUCAUGCGUCAACGAUUACUUCAUGAUGCACAACAUUGACUAUGAGCCUGUGCAUCUCUACAAAGAUGUCAAGGAGGCCAUAAGAGAUGUCCACGUGAAGGGAAUCAUGUAUCGUGCUGUGGAAGCAGACAUAGAAAAGUAUAUCUGUUAUGCCGAACAGACUCAUGCUGUUUUAAAAAAGCUUUCAGCAAACGGAAAGAAAAUGUUUCUAAUCACUAACAGCCCCCUGGAUUUUGUAGACAGAGGAAUGAACUUCAUUGUUGGAAAAGACUGGCGGGACCUAUUCGAUGUCGUCAUAGUGCAGGCCGACAAGCCUGGUUUCUUCAAUGACCGUAGAAAGCCAUUCAGACGAGUUACUGACAAAGGAGUGUUGCUAUGGGACAGAAUUCACCACCUGGAGAAGGGGCAGAUUUAUAAACAGGGAAACCUGUACGAGUUCUUGAGACUGACUGGCUGGAGGGGCUCGAAGGUUUUAUAUUUCGGAGACCACAUCUACAGUGAUCUUGCUGACCUGACCCUGAAGCAUGGCUGGAGGACGGGAGCCAUCAUCCCUGAGCUGCGCAAAGAGAUCAAGAUCAUGAACACAGAGGAAUACGUACACACCAUGUCAUGGCUACAGAGUCUCACCAACCUAGUGGAACAGAUGCAGGUGCAUCGAGACACUGACUCACAAUCAGUGAUUCAGCAGUGGAUCAGAGAGAGGGAGGACAUGAGGUCUCAGGCAAAGAACAUGUUCAACAGUCAGUUCGGCAGUCUGUUCCGCACGUAUCACAACCCAACAUAUUUCUCUCGCCGCCUCUCGCGCUUUGCGGACAUCUACAUGGCCUCCCUCAGCUGCCUGCUCAACUAUGACCUGCAGCACACGUUCUAUCCGCGACGCACACCACUUCAACACGAGGCAUCACUCUGGACGGAGCAGUCCAGCACAUGAGCCGUUACCAGUCCCCUCAAAAACCAUCGCACAGGCUCGGACUCCUGUGUGGUAUUAUUCUAAAGCUUUAUUUAAUGUACAACAGCACUGCAGAGGUUUAGCAGAUUGACCAGCCCAGUGGUUAUGGUAAUGACUGGUCCCGGGGAACUAGGGAUGCAGACUGUCUAAAUGAAGGUUUUUAUGUUCUUCAUGCAUUCUGUAUAUGUUUAAACACUAGGGCUAACACUUCUGACAUGCUAUAGUGGCCUGUUGUCUCCCAGCUAUAAAUCGCUGUAGUGCUUUAGUAUUUUAAGAUGCCUAUACCUUAUUUUUUAUAUUUACAGCAUACUUCAUUCUGUGUUUUAGACUGUUUUGACUGGCGACAAUUUUUUUUUGGAGGAGUUCUCCUACCGUAUUGUGGAAAACCUCAGAGUGUAGUGGACAUUUUUUAAUUGGCCAUUUUUUUUGCAAUGAGGGAGUUUAUUUACAUUAUCUUCAUCCUCCCUUGUGUCUUUGAUAUGCAACAAUUCUGGCAAGUUAUACAUUUGUAUAGAAAAAUGCAUAGAAAUGUUUUAGAUUUACAGACAAACUGUUGAAAGUUGAUGAGGCAUUGUACUGCAUUUAAUUAGCUUUUGUAAUGUUUGCCGGUUUAGCAAAAGCCUGACGUUUUAGAUAUUUAUUUAAAUAAAUAUCAAACCUAGCAGCCAUAACAUUAAAACCACCUGAGUAAUAUUCCUCGUCUUGGUCCCCCAGUUCACCUGUUUUUCUUACUUGGACCACUUUUGGGGAAGUCGUGGCCUAAGGGUUAGAGAGUCUGACUCCUAACACUAAGGUUGUGGGUUCGAGUCUCGGGUCGGCCACGACUGAGGUGCCCUUGAGCAAGGCAGCAAACCCCCAACUGCUCUUUGGGCACUGCAGCUUAAAUGGCUGCCCACUGCUCCAGGUGUGUGUUCACUGCAGUGUGUGUGCACUUUGGAUGGGUUAAAUGCAGAGAACAAAUUCUGAGUAUGGGUCACCGUACUUAGCCGUAUGUCACGUCACAUUCACUUUUGGAAAUAAUCACUGCAAACCAUGCAUUCUGGCAUUUCCUACAGUACAAGACCUGCAGAUUUGGAGACACUCAUCAAGUCAUCCAGCCAUCACAAAAAAAAAAGUCCAGAAAGUCACUCAGAUCUUUGUGCUCACUCAUUUUUCCUGCUUACAACACAUCUCAAGAACUGACUGUUCACUUGCUGCUUAAAAUAUCCCACCCUUUGAUAUAUAGAUUUGCCACCGUAAUGAGAUAAUAUUAUUCACGUCACCUUUAAGUGGUUUUAAUAUUCUGGCUGAUGUAACUAAUGUAACUAAAUUACUUGAACAGCUCAUGGACAAUAUGUGAUGUAAAGUAGUUUGAUAUAGUAUCUGGAUCAAUGCAGCUGUCGCUCAGUCGAGUGACCAAUAUAUUGUCGGGUGUAACGUAAUCUAAUCAAUAUUAGAUUUCAAUAUCUAAAUAAUUGUAUUGUAAUGUAUUGAAAAAACAUCUUUGCACUAAAUUUUCAACCAGACAUGACUUAAGUUGUUACAGUUCAUUUUUGUGUCUGCUUGGAAAAUUAGUUUUAUUAGAUGUAUUUUUUUAAUGAAUGGAAAGGGGCUGAACUGAAACAUCACUGGGUGACUACAGUAUUCUGUAGCUCUUCUAACUUUGUUCAUAGUUUCCUGAAUUUUCUUAGUGAUGACCUUUAUUCGAAGCCAUUUGUGAUUUAUUUAUUAAACAGUUUCAUGAGUU